UAACGUAUAUACCGACGAUUAGACGAAUGUAAUUUCGAAUUUCGACCAUAAGGUGCGCAGAAGCAAGUGAAGCCAUCUGUGCAGCUUCUUCCGCGGUUUGGUAUUUUUUAACUGAUAAUUAUUUCGAACAAAAUUUGGUUAAAUCAGUGUGAUUAUAAUUCGUAGUAUAACGUCAAGCGAUUGAUUUUUCACGUAGUUUUCACACGUAAAAGAAAAGAAGGCAAUAUGCGUUGGCAAAUUCGGUCGCAUUUGCAACCACCGACGGAAGAACAACACUGAGAUUUACAAGACUCAAUUAUCCCUUCCUUCUCGGAGGUUCCUCCCACGAAGGAGAAUUACAAGCGGUAAAUAAUACUUCGGCAGUCGAACUGAUUGCUUAAUACAUGAAACGUACAAGGCUAUGUGAACCCGUCAGAUACUCGAAAAUACAAAAAAUUCACGCAAUGGCCGAUGCGGUGAUCGAUUUAACAGAGGAUCCACCCGUCAACGAGUCAAGCGAAAAAGACUUCGGUGCUGAAACAGAAGACAGCGACGGUCCGGAAUGCGCAGUUUGUCUACAGCCCUGCGUUCACCCAGCUCAGCUUCCUUGCAGUCAUGUAUUUUGCUUCCUCUGUGUGAAAGGGGUCGCAAACCAGAGUAAACGGUGCCCGAUGUGCCGGCACGAGAUCCCACCUGACUUUCUUGAAAAACCUCGGCUUGUGGAACUUGAAGAAUUGGUCAAAACCAUUCAGGUUACAGAGGAGGAACAGUAUCGCUGGUUCUACGAAGGACGCAAUGGCUGGUGGCAAUAUGAUCAGCGAACAAGUUCAGAACUUGAAACAGCGUACAAGCAGGGACUAAGAUCCUGUGAGCUGCUCAUAGCUGGUUUCCUAUACAUCGCAGAUUUUGGAUGCAUGCUUCAAUUGCGUCGUAAUGAUCCUUCUAGGAGGAGAAAAAUUAAACGCGAUCUAUGUACUAUACCUAAGAAGGGAGUGGCUGGAUUAAGACUCAAUGGAAGGGCAGAAGAGCCCAUUGUGAGGGAAAUAAGAGGCGCAGAGAGACCAGCCAGUCCUGUGAACAAUGCCGCCAAUACUACCUGAUCAUCACGUACAUGAAAUCCAUGUACAAUUUAACUAUAAGUAUGUAGAAUAUAAGAGAUUGAUAUACAGUAUACAUAUUAGGAUGGGCCAAAAAAAUCGACUAUUUUUUUUUCACUUUGUACUCCCAAAACUUGGUUGGUAGAGACCUCAAAAACAUUCUCUCCAAGUAUGAGCUUUUAAUUUUAAUAGGAAGGUCCUCUGCCUCGCAGUUUUCUAUUUUUUUUCUUAUGGUGAGGAAGAAAAAUACAUAUCUCGGUAUCUAUAUUUAUAUCAUAUUUUCGUAGGAAAUUGAAUUCUCUACAAAAAAAGGUCUCUUACAAUUUUUUUGUAUACCUCACUGCUCAGAAGAUAUUCACCGUCAAACUUCAAUGCACACUAUUUUUAACAGUGGUGUUAGUUGCACAAGACAAACAGAUGAAGCGAUAGGAUUUAAAACAAAA